AUGUGUUUAGAGAGCAUAGCAGCAGCAGCAACUGCAGCAGCAGCAGCAGCAGCAGCAGCAGAAAUAGGAGCAGCAGCAGCAACAGCAACAACAGCAGCAGCAACAUCAGCAACCGCAGCAGCAACAGCAGCAGCAGCAGCAACAGCAGCAGCACCACCAACAGCUGCAACAGCAGCAGCAGCAGCAGCACCAACAUCAACAGCAGCAGCAGCAGCAGCAGCAGCAACAGCAGCAGCAGCAGCAGCAACUACCUGA